GGCCCGGAGCUCUAGAUGCCGCCAGUCCCGGGGCUGCGGAGCCGGCCGGGUGGUUCCUGCGAUGGCGGCGGAAGAGGAGGCUGCGGCGAGAGAUAGAAUACUGACUGAAGAGAACCAGUGCAUUUCUCCUGUGGUUUCCAGUCAUAUGAGCCCAUGGACAAAACCAACAGCUAUUGGAUCCCUCUGCCCACAUGUGGUGGAGUUCCCAAGAAAACGAAAAGGAAGUGAUUCAGACCCAUCCCAAUCAGGAAUCAUGACAGAAAAAGUGGUGGAAAAACUCUCUCAGAAUCCCUUUACCUAUCUUCUUUCAACAAGGAUAGAAAUAUCAGCACCCAGUGGCAGCAGAAUGGAAGAUGGUGAACAACAAGUAAAAGUGAAGUCCUUCAGAGAAGCUCAUAGCCAAACCGAAAAGCGGAGGAGAGAUAAAAUGAAUAACCUGAUUGAAGAACUAUCUGCAAUGAUCCCUCAGGGCAAUCCCAUGGCACGUAAACUGGAUAAACUUACAGUGUUAAGAAUGGCUGUCCAACACUUGAAAUCUUUAAAAGGUAUGACAAAUUCUUAUGCAGGAGAUAAUUAUAGACCUUCAUUUAUUCAGGAUAAUGAGCUCAGACAUUUAAUCCUUAAGACUGCAGAAGGCUUCCUAUUUGUGGUUGGAUGUGAGAGAGGAAAAAUUCUCUUCGUUUCUAAAUCAGUCUCCAAAAUACUUAAUUAUGAUCAGGCUAGCUUGACUGGACAAAGCUUAUUUGACUUCUUACAUCCAAAAGAUGUUGCCAAAGUAAAGGAGCAACUUUCUUCUUCUGGUAUUUCACCGAGAGAGAAGCUGAUCGAUGCCAAAACCGGUUUGCAAGUUCACAGGAAUUUCCACAGUGGAAGGACUCAUGUGUAUUCUGGCUCAAGGCGAUCCUUUUUUUGUCGGAUGAAGAGUUGUAAAAUCUCUGUCAAAGAAGAGCAUGAAUGCUUAUCCACCUCAAAGAAGAAAGACCAUAGAAAAUUCUGUACUAUCCACUGCACUGGUUACUUGAGAAGCUGGCCUCCACAUGUUGUUGGAAUGGAAGAAGAAAGGGACAAUAAGAAAGACAGUAGUAAUUUUAACUGCCUUGUUGCCAUUGGAAGAUUACAUCCAUAUAUUGUCCCACAGAACAGUGGAGAGAUUAAAGUGAAACCAACUGAAUUUAUAACCCGGUUUGCAAUGAAUGGAAAAUUUGUCUAUGUGGACCAAAGGGCAACAGCAAUUUUAGGAUAUCUGCCUCAGGAACUUUUGGGAACUUCUUGUUAUGAAUAUUUUCAUCAAGAUGACCAUAGUAAUUUGACUGACAAGCACAAAGCAGUUCUACAGAGUAAAGAGAAAAUAUUUACAGAUUCAUACAAGUUCAGAAAGAAAGAUGGCUCUUUUGUAACUUUAAAAAGCCUGUGGUUUAGUUUCACAAAUCCUUGGACCAAAGAACUGGAGUAUAUUGUGUCUGUCAACACUUUAGUUUUGGGACAUAGUGAGAUGAGAGAAGUGUCAUUACUUCCUUGUAGCUCUCAAUCAUCAGAAGAAUCCUCUAAACAGUCUUGUAUUAGUGUGCCUGGAAUGUCUACAGGAAUAGUACUUGGUGCUGGGAGUAUUGGAACAGAUAUUGUAAAUGAAGUCCUGGAUUUACAAAGGUUACAGUCUUCUUCCUCCCUUGAUGACUCAAGUCCAACAGAUUUAAUGAAAGAUUCUCAUGCUAUCAACUGCAGGAAAACAUCAAAAAAGGAGUUGAUUCCACUAAAUCCUUCUGAACUAGGCAAGCCAGAGGCUACAAGGCAAAACCAGAGUGCUGUUCCUCCCCAUAGUCAUGAGCCACUCCUUGGCGAAGAUGCCCAGCUGGAUUUUGAUGCCCUGUGUGAUGACGACACAGCCAUGGCUGCCUUCAUGAAUUACUUUGAAGCAGAGGGGGGCCUGGGAGACCCUGGGGACUUCAGUGACAUACACUGGACACUCUAGCAUUUGAUUUUUAAUUCUUACAAGUUAGGAACGUGUUAAACUAUUUCAUUGACAAAAAAAACCAACUAUGAUCUUCUGUACUGUAUUGAUACUGUUUUUAUCUUUUAUUCCUAUUAAUAGUCUACCAAUUGUUAUAGAUGUGCACCUUACUUCCACAGCAGUAGAGGGAAAUGUGAUGUUUCCCUUCACAAAGAAUGGCUCAGAGUUUCCUACAGACCCCUUUUCUCAGUGAC